UGAGCAGACCUGAACACAGAGACUGCCUCCGGUUGUGAGAGGAACCUACACAGACUCACACAGUGUGGACACGGAGUUUGUUCCUACUUUUACAACAGUUAGUGUCUCAUAACUACGCAGGGUGUCGAGUUAAAACCAAGAGUACCGCGAAGUAAACUGGACCUCAUAAGGUACUUUGUGUUUGUUAGCGUGGAUGCGUGGCUCUGUUUCACUCAACACGAUGGACGGCUGAUUCACACACUCCACUGACCUAACAGAUUAGUAAACUUCCGUGUUGCUAACAUUCACAGACAGAGAGGAAAGGAAUGGGAUAUGAUUGCAGGUGAAAAAGUGGAGGAAGUCUUCAGCUGAACGAGAACAUAGAUGAAUAUUUGCCAUGCUACAUGGGAAGGCUCUUAACUCCACCCUGCUCUUGCUCCUCAUCCUCAUCAUCUUUGCCACAGUUCAUGGUCGCUCCUAUCCACGGUUUUCCCGCAAUGACACUGAAUUCCAGCACCUGGUGCUUCACCCAGACCCCUCUGUGGGGACGGUGUACGUGGGGGCCAGGGACCAUCUCUUCCAGCUGGACGGAUCAGAUGGACUCCGGCUGGAGCAAGAGGAGACGACUGGUCCCGUGAGCGACAGCAAAGACUGCCUUCCCCCCGUCACUGAGUUCAACUGUCCUCAGGCCAGGAGAACUAGUAAUCACAACAAAUUACUCCUGGUAGAUCCAAAGGCGUUGGAGCUGAUCACCUGCGGCAGCAUCCACCAGGGCACCUGCCAGAAACGCAGCCUUGCAUCUAUCAAGAAGGUUCUCUUCUCCACCGAGAGGCCCGUGGAUACUCAGUAUGUUGCGGCCAAUGACCCCUCAGUUUCAACUGUGGGGCUGGUGGUGGGGCUUCGUGGCGGGGAAAGGACAGUGAUGUAUGUGGGUAGGGGUUACACCGCUAGCCACCCACCUAUCUCCACUCGCCACCUUUCAUCUGAACCAGUCUUUUCCUACGAGGAGACAGCUAAGCUGGCUGUGGCUGGGCGUCUGUCGGAAUACGACCACCAUUUUGUGAUGGCGUUCACACGGCGCACAUAUGUGUACUUCUUGUUUUACCGCCGUGACAUUAAGUCAGCAUCAAGGGAGUACCGGACCUAUGCUGCCAGAGUGUGCCUAGACGACACUUCCUACUAUUCCUAUGUGGAGGUCCCUCUUGUCUGCCGAUCCCCUUCCUCUCCUUCCAAGACUUACAACCUGCUCCAGGCUGCCCAGGUGGGACAAGGUGCAGGCCGGGAAGGCGAGGAUCUGCUGGGAGUCUACUCCACCCGCAUCGGUUCCACAAACAACAAUCCUUUGGAUGCCUCAGCUCUGUGCGUUUACCCACUGGACGAGCUUGACAGACACAUCGACUCCACCCGUGACCUCUGCUACACCCAGGACGGCCGGGUGGAGGGGAGAGGAGAGGUGGCCUACAUAGAGUACGAGGUCAAGUCCAGCUGUGCCAACCUGCCCAUGAAUACCCUCAAGGCAUAUCCGUGUGGCUCCGACCACACCCCCAGUCCAAUGGCAAGCCGGGCACCGCUGGAAGCUAAAGCUGUUUGGCACACCUCAGCUGCCCGUCUGACUGCUGUGGCUGUCAGCGUCAGAGACGGACACAGCAUCGCCUUCCUCGGAGACUCCAAAGGGAAUCUGCAUAAGGUAUAUCUUGGCCGAGAUGGUCAGGUGGAGGUAUACGCGAACAUGACGAUCCAGCCCAACUCCCCCAUUAACAGUGACCUUUUAUUGGACCAGAAUGGAGCACACAUCUACAUCAUGACCAAAACCACUGUAGAGAAGCGUCCGGUGGCAGAAUGUGGAGACCACCUGGAUUGUCAGUCCUGUCUGUCUGCCAAAGACCCCUACUGUGGCUGGUGUGUCCUGGAGGGACGGUGCGGUCAGCGCUGGGAGUGCCAGCGAGGGUCCAUGCAGGGCCAGUGGCUGUGGAGUUUCAACCAGAUGCAACAGUGCCUCAGUAUCCAGCACCUCAGCCUCUACAACAUUAGCCGAGGGGAGAAAACUGAUAUUACAGUGUCAGUAGAGGGACUCCCAAGCCUCUCAGAAGGAGAGGCUUACUCAUGCUUCUUCCAGGACACCGAGGUUCCUGCCUCACUCACUAACACUGGUGUGAUAUGCUCCACUCCUGAUGCCAGCAGUCUGCCCCCCAUUGGUCAUGGAGAUGAGUUUGUGAUGGUGACCCUGUCACUGCGUUUCACAAAUGUGACGGUAGCAGAGACAGAAUUCACCUUCUACAACUGCAGCUUGGUCCAGCAGCUCUCUGGACGCAGGCCAUGCCAAGGGUGUGUUAGCAGUCGCUGGGGGUGUAACUGGUGUAUCCACCAGCAUGUCUGCACACACAAACACACCUGCAGCCAAGGAGUCACCAUCUACAACCAAAAUUUCAAACCGCCAACACCCACUAUUCCACCACCCACCAGAAAACUGACCCCUUUACCUCCUACUGUCCGGGCUGCUACAACAACAACCACAACCACAACAUUACAGCCACCACCCACAAAGACCCCUCCUCCUACCACAACAGCUGACCCUCCAACUUCCAGCACAGUGACACCAUCUACCACCCUUAAUACUACCUCCACCUCCCCCCUUACCCUGGCCACAACUACCCCCUCUGACAGGAUCUUCAGCCAGGCCACCACCAUCCACACUGAUGUCGCCACCACUAACAGGUCCCUCCCUGAUGUAGAGAGAAUGACAGAGGGGGAUGGUGGCACGACAAGAGGUUUUUCGGAGGAAGAGGAGACUGUAACCUUGAGUAUCACUGUCGAAACUCCCUACACUACAUUACCCAGCAACACUAGUGGCCAGAUAGACUCUGACCUGAGAUUUUUAGAGCCUCUUGUUGAAACAGUGGGUUCUUCCACUGAUGUAAGCUCAACCACCUCCAGUGAAGUGUCCCUUUCAAUGGACCUCUCUGUCAGUGACAAUAAGGAGUCCAUUCCUCUGGCCACCUCUGAAGAGAAGGACUCACCUCCAUGGUUGGAUGAGCAGGAGAAGCCAGAGGAAGAGACUGACGUGGACUCUGCAACAGUUUCGUAUGUUGCAGGCACCAGCGAAAAGCCACUCAUGUUUACAGAAUCACCUGAAACAGUUAUCGACCCCAACUCUGAAUCUGCGGCGAACUACCAAUCAGAUUCUUCGACUGACACUUAUUUUCGGGAAUGUCCGUGUGUGGAGAAAGUCCAGGAUUCCUCUCUCCUACCCGUCAAUGUGGAGAGAAAAGUCACUCUGGUGGGACAAUACCUAAACCUGUUUCAGGAUGAGAAUUUGGACUACGAGUGUGUGUUGGACAUUGAGAAUCAGUCAGUAGUGGUGGAUGCCGACGUGGAGCCGGAUGCCACACAACAGUCAGUCUUCUUUAUCACCUGCCAACCCCACCAGUAUGCCUAUUCUGCACUGAUGGAGGAAUACCCAGCCAUGAUCAACGUCAGGAGAAAAAACAACUUCCUCAUUGACAGCGCCGAGGAUCUGUAUGUGACUCUGUUCAACUGUUCAGUGGGGCGGUCAGACUGCAGCAGAUGUCGCACAGCCGACCCCAAGUAUGGCUGUGUUUGGUGUGGCGGUGCUGCGAGCUCUCGCUGUGUGUACCAGGACUCCUGCACCGAGGAGAUCAAACACACCUGUCCUGCACCCGUCAUUCAUUUCCUGGACCCAGUAUCCGGCCCCGUAGAAGGAGGGACAGUAGUGACCAUUUCAGGCUCUAACCUCGGUCAGAGAGCUGAGGACAUUCAGAACUCGGUCACAGUUGCUGGGGUCCCCUGCAGUGUCAUCCACAGCCGAUAUGAAGUCUCCUCAAGGAUAGUGUGUGAGACUACGAGCAGUGGAGGAGAGAAGAGUGGCCAGGCCUCAGUCAGAGUGAGGGGAGGAGGAGUCGGACUCUCUGCUCAAAUGUUCAGCUUCCAGGAUCCUGUACUGAGCAGCAUCUUCCCCCAAAGAGGGCCCAAGGCAGGAGGCUCAUCUCUCACCAUCACAGGCCGCAGACUGAGGACUGGACACCCGAGUGAAGUCAGCGUCCUAAUCGGAGGGGUGCCAUGUGUGGUGUUAAACAUCCAGGAGGAUCAGAUCAGCUGUCUGACGAGAGGCAGCAACAGAACAGGGGAACAUGGCAUCACUGUGCGGUUUGGUGGCACAGAGCGCCAUCUACAGGGAUCAGUGUAUCAUUACACCCCCAACCCCAACAUAUCAUCGGCUACACCAUCAAAAAGCUUUCUCAGUGGAGGCCGAAUCAUUAGAGUUUCUGGUCAGAACCUGGAUGUGGUCCAAGAGCCGAAAAUGAGGGUCACCCUCAGCCCCCCUGAUACUCUCCCUCCCAGGAAGAGAAGGAGUGUCAAUGGGAGAAAAAAAGGGAGCCUGAACAGAGAACGGGAUCGUCGGGGUCUGCUGAAGAGAUGGAGGAGGAUCGUCCCAGAAGUGGACUGCUCUGACGGGACACUCUGCCAUGUCAAACAGUACGAGUCUCGCUGCACAGUGAACAGCUCUUCCCUCAUCUUGUGUCCGACUCCGGCGGUGGGUCCAGAGGCCAGGAGGGCUCGGGUUAAAGUUCAUUUCCUGUUGGACAGCCUCCAUUUUGACUUCAGCACUGUGGGGAAUGAAGCCUUCAGCUAUGAGCAAAACCCGAAGCUCUACCCGCUGAACCAGAACGACCCCAGCAAACCGUACCACCACAAACCUGGCAGCAUCAUCUCUGUCGAGGGAGAGAACCUGGAUCUAGCCAUCUACAAGCAUGAGGUGGAGGCUCGGAUAGGGGCGGGGGUGUGUUUGGUGAAGACACUGACACACAGCCACUUGUACUGUGAGCCACCAGCUCAGCAGCCCUCAGUCACAGCCAGCAAGAAACAGGAUGGCACGGACAGUCUGCCUGAGUUCACAGUGAAAAUGGGGAAUCUAAACUUCUCCCUGGGCAGAGUGCAGUACGACAGCCAGGCUCAGUCGACAUUUCCUCUUGAAGCUCAGGUGGGAGUCGGGGUGGGAGCCUCCAUAGUGGCUCUCAUUGUGCUCAUCAUAGUCCUCAUAUACAGGAGGAAGAGUAAACAGGCCAUGAGGGAUUAUAAGAAGGUGCAGAUCCAACUGGAGAACCUGGAGACCAGUGUGAGAGACCGCUGUAAGAAGGAGUUCACAGACCUGAUGACAGAGAUGAUGGACAUGUCCAGUGAUCUGGUGGGUUCAGGGAUUCCCUUCUUGGAUUACCGGGCAUAUGCUGAGCGCAUUUUCUUCCCAGGCCACCAGGAGUCGCCACUGAGGCGAGAUCUGGACGUUCCUGAGAGUCGAAGGCAGACUGUGGAGCAGGGGCUGGUUCAGCUGUCCAACCUGCUCAACAGUAAACUCUUCCUCACCAAGUUUAUUCACACGCUGGAGGUUCAGCGGACUUUCUCCCCAAGGGACCGGGCCUAUGUGGCCUCUCUGCUGACUGUGGCCCUGCACGGUAAACUGGAGUACUUCACAGACAUACUGAAGACACUGCUUAACGAUCUAGUGGAACAGUAUGUGGCCAAGAACCCCAAACUGAUGCUCAGGAGAACGGAAUCGGUGGUUGAGAAGCUUUUGACAAACUGGAUGUCCAUCUGUCUGUUUACCUUUCUGAGGGAAUCAGCAGGGGAGUCGUUCUACAUGCUGUUCAGAGCAAUAAAGCACCAGGUGGACAAGGGACCUGUGGACGCCGUGACAGGAAAAGCCAAGUACACACUCAAUGACAACAGGCUGCUGCGAGAGGACGUGGAGUACCGCACGCUGACUCUAAAUGUUGUGAUGCCAGCUGCAGCCACCAGCGGAGGCACCACCACCCAGACGGUACCUGCCAAAGUCCUGGACUGUGACACCAUCACCCAAGUGAAAGAGAAACUUCUGGAACAAACUUGGAAGGGAACCUCCUUUUCCCAGAGGCCACACAUUGACUCAUUACACCUCGAGUGGCGUGCAGGUGUUGCAGGUCACCUGAUUCUGUCAGAUGAGGACCUGACAUCAGUAGUACAAGGCACAUGGAAGCGUCUUAAUACACUGCAACACUACAAGGUCCCUGAUGGAGCAACGGUUGCCCUCGUCCCCAGGAACACCAAAAAUCACCUCCAUGACAGCCAUGAUUACAUGCCUGGAGAAAAGACGCCUAUGCUGGAUGAUGGGGAGGAGGGAGGAGUGAGGCUUUGGCAUCUGGUGAAAGCCAGCGAGGAGUCCGAGCUGCCCAAGCACAGGAGAGGAAGUCUGAGGGAGAGGGGGGGCGAGAGGGCCAAGGCUAUCCCUGAGAUCUACCUCACGCGACUCCUCUCCAUGAAGGGCACACUGCAGAAGUUUGUGGAUGAUUUAUUCACGGCGAUCCUCAGCACCAGUCGUCCCGUACCUCUGGCUGUCAAAUACUUUUUCGACUUGUUGGAUGAGCAGGCUCUGCAGCACAACAUCACAGACCCGGAGACUAUCCACAUCUGGAAAACCAACAGCUUACCGCUGCGGUUCUGGAUCAAUAUUCUCAAGAACCCACAGUUCAUCUUUGACGUGCAGACCUCAGACCAUGUGGAUGCUGUGCUGUCCGUCAUCGCUCAGACCUUUAUGGAUUCCUGCACCAUCGCUGACCACAAACUGGGACGGGACUCUCCCAUCAACAAGUUGCUGUACGCCAGAGACAUCCCGCGCUACAAACAGAUGGUGGAGAGGUACUAUGCAGAUAUCCGUCAGACCAUCUCCGCCAGUGACCAGGAGAUGAACUCCGCUCUAGCAGAACUCUCCCGUAAUUAUGCUGCCGAGGUCAACUGCCUUGUGGCUUUGCACGAGCUGUACAAGUACAUCAACAAAUACUAUGAUCAAAUCAUCACAGCCCUGGAAGAGGACUCCACAGCCCAGAAGAUGCAGCUUGGGUACAGGCUCCAACAGAUCGCCGCUGCUGUAGAAAAUAAAGUCACAGACCUAUGACCCAAAGGGCAGGAUGGAUUUCUCCUUUAACCUUGAAGAGUGGACAGUGAUAGGAGGAGGUUGUGUCUCCUGGAGAAAAAAAGCAAAGUCCUUUCUUUUUUAAGAUGAAUGAGGACAGAGGAACUUCGUGGCAUGUACUGUGACUUUGCUGUCAUUUUGACAGACUGAUUUUCAGUGAAGGGAGAAAUUAUCUUAAGAGGAUCACUGUUCCAUAUCCAGGAGGAUACCCUCGACAUUUCCACAGGUCCUAACACUGGGAGUAAAAUGACACUGCUUUGAGGGGAAAAAAAGAAGAAAAUGUGAAAUGAAGCACAUUAAAACAACUGUGUCAUCUCUCAUAAGGAUUUCCCACGUUGCAUUCAAACAAAAGGGAGACAUAAUAUAAAAAGAGAUCUUUUUGUUUUUCUUCCGACUCCAUGUGUCUCGCUGGACUUGAUGGUUUCCUCGACAAACUGCACUGAACAUUCCUGCAAGUUUACAGCUAUACUCGUUGGUCCCCUGCAGAGGGAUGAAUGCUGAAGGUGUGCUGGAUGAAGAAACUGUGGAUGGUAAGGAAAAGGGAAAAGGAAGGACUUUAACGUCAACAGAGUUUUUUAUUGCGUUAUGUCAAAGUCUUACAUAAAGGACAAACAGAUAAUGACAAAGUGCUGUGGAUGCCUGAGCAACGGCUUAUCAUACUCGAAGGAUGUUUUCAUUCUGCUUUUAGCUUCCUUAAAUCAUUCUACCAAGUCUUACUCUAUGACGCUGAACUAGCUGUUAUUGGACAGUUUGUUGCUCUGUGUAAACAGUUUCCCAGGAUGGGCUCUCUUUCUCAUUUUUUACGCUUCACAUCGCCAGUUGUCCUUUUUACUGCAACUCAUAGAUGCUGCCUCGUAGUCGGAAAACCAGUGUUUUGUAAAAGUGUUGAUUUUAUUUAGUUGAGUAUGUAGUACAUGAAAACAACCCGUUUUGACCUACUGCUGUUGUGAAUGUUUCUUUUCUUUGGUAAUGUUCUGCAAAUGUUUUAUGAACACUCGUUUUUAUGUGGAUUAUCCGAGACAGUUUGGCAGAGGUAUAAUAUCGCUAACUCAUUAACUGAUCCGUCCGCAAGAAAACCAUGACAUUAAAAUCUUUAACUAAAUGUAGAAACAAUCCAUAACAGCGCUACUGUAAUCCGUACUAAUUCAGUUUUUUUAAAAAAAGAUCUUAUUACUUAUGAAAGGCCAAGCCUGACUUGUUAGGAAAUAAAUGCACAAAUAUACAAACAAUGCACAAAGGAAUUGAUGAAUAUGUCGUUCUACAUUAUUUAUGUUUUGCUGCCACUUCAGUAUUUAUUUCCCUUCCCCACUUUCCAUUAGUGUAAUAUAUUUUUCUUCAAUGGGAUUUUUUUUUAAAUGUGUGUGAUUGACUGUAUUUUUCCUGAAGUAUGUAGGUUGUUGAUGGAGCGUAAAUCUGAGGUGACUGUGAAGUAAAUGAUGUGGAAUUAGAUUACUACAUAUUUAUACAGUUACUUUUCAUAUAUUUGCAUUUUAUAGAUGGAUUUAAAUUUAAUUAUGUCUUUUUUCUUUUAUUAAAGUCAGGUUUGAUCUUCCAUAUUUCUAAGAUGCUUUGGCUGUCGUCUGGACAUUAUAUUCUGUUUUUGGAUUUACUGUUUUUCUGCACAGCCAGAACUUAUGUCAGUAAUUAUAUCUUCCCCACUUCAAUACACCGAAGUCAUAUUUUCAAAAUUUAGUCUGUGUAACUAUCAGUACAACCCUUUAAUAUUAUGUGUUAUGGCAAAGCAAAGCUGCAGCUCUUUAUCUUUUAGGACUUCUUCCCUUUCUCUCAAGCCUUAAAUCAGAUGAAAUGAUUUAUAAACACAGGCGCCUGUGUUCUGUAACGCCACAUGUGAAAGCCUUUUACUAGUUUUUUCUAAUUUAAUUUAUUUUGUAUUUAUUCUGUUGCAUAAUGUUGUUGAUUAUUAAUUCCAGACAUAUUAAAUCAUAGUGGUUAUGCCCCUCCAAAUCAGAUGCAACAUCAUGUUUUGUUUUUAAGAAAGAGGCUUUGUCAUUUCUUUUAACCUUAUGGUGUUUCUUAGUCACUACAAGUCAAAUUCACAUCAGCUGUCUUGAAAUUCUGAUACUUUCAAUCUCUCCUUUUAUAUUUUGCAUCAGUUUUAGAAGCAAUAGAGAGGUAUGAUUUUUAAUGUUGCAAGCGAUUCAUUUGUACAUUCAAAAAACCUUCUUUGCACAUUAGUGUUGCUUGUUGCUUACUUGUGGAUGCAAAGCUCCGUUCUGAUGUUUUUCCUGUAGAUACAAACUGCUCUUAAGUGAUCCUGACUUUAGUGUUCUCUUACUAAUUGAUAGGAUGAACCUAACAACAACUUAAUGUGAUGCAAUAAAGUGGUCCCGAUG